GUCUGACAUAGAGCAAGUUUAUUCUUUUACUGCCUUCAGUUUUUGUCAAUUUACCCUUGUAUCUCAGUUUAUGUGAACACAUCUCUUUUAUAUCUUGAUAGAGAAUAUCAGGUAAACAACGUUUCGAAAACAUGGCUUCGAAAAUGGCUGCAAAAACCUGGGAAUUGUCGAAUAAUAUGGAGACCGUACAGAGCGUGGAUGAAAUUUACAAAUACGAUAAGAAACAACAACAAGAAAUUCUUGCAGCCAAACCUUGGACGAAAGAUAAUCAUUAUUUCAAGUAUUGCAAAAUCUCUGCAUUGGCGUUGUUAAAGAUGGUCAUGCAUGCUAGAUCUGGAGGUAAUCUUGAGGUAAUGGGAUUGUUGCUUGGUAAAGUAGAUGGGGAAACUAUGAUUAUAAUGGAUUGCUUUGCAUUACCAGUAGAAGGCACAGAAACAAGAGUUAAUGCACAGGCUGCUGCCUAUGAAUACAUGGCUGCUUAUAUAGAAAGUGCUAAACAGGUUGGUAGAUUAGAGAAUGCUAUUGGAUGGUAUCAUAGUCACCCUGGAUAUGGGUGCUGGUUAUCAGGCAUUGAUGUUGGCACUCAGAUGCUGAAUCAGCAGUUCCAAGAACCUUUUGUAGCUAUAGUGAUUGACCCAACUAGGACCAUCUCUGCUGGAAAGGUGAACUUAGGUGCAUUCAGGACAUACCCAAAGAAAAUAGAAGACUUUGGUGUUCACUGUAAACAGUAUUAUGCUCUAGAAGUGUCUUAUUUCAAAUCAGGACUCGAUAGAAGACUAUUGGAAUCCUUAUGGAAUAAAUACUGGGUCAAUACACUUAGUUCAUCUAGUCUAUUAAUGAAUGCUGACUAUACAACAGGUCAGAUAUCAGAUUUAUCUGAGAAAUUAGAACAGUCUGAAGCCCAGCUUGGAAGAGGAGGAUUCAUGCUGAUGGAUCAUCAUGAUAAAAAAUCUGAAGAUAAACUAGCAAAGGCUACAAGAGACAG